CAACUACAUCAAUGGUUUCUCAACGCCCUAAACGAAAUGUUCGUAUUGUUAACUAUGCAUUAAAUGAAAAAAUUCUCGAUGAAGCCAUAGAAGAUAUUUCUAAAUUAUCAGUUGAAAAGAAUUUAAAAAUUUCUCAAUCAGCAAUUUAUCAACAUGAAGUAGAGACAGGACAUUCGAUUAAUUGGGGUAACUGGAAAUUAUUAAGCAAAGAUUAUAAACUUUACCGUCUUUUGAUACGUGAAUCGAUACAAAUUUCAAAACUUGAACCUUCACUUAAUCGAACUGUGCGUUCUGUUCCUCUUGUCAUUUAUCCGGAUAGUUCGUCAUUAUUUAAAGCAAAAGUCAAGAUGAAAGCAGGUGUAUAG